UACCACCCACAUGAGGAGAAUUAGUUCGUGGGAGUGGUGAGAAUCGACGCCAUCUUCGUCGUCCAUCGCCGACGGAGGAGCCUUUCUCUCACGAGACUCGGUCUCACUUACAUCGCAGUCACUCAACAUCGCAUCGACCGACGCCACUCAUAUCGCUCGCAUCACUUGAUGCAGACAAGAUCGUGUUGGCGGCAAAUUAACAUUGCGAUCGUCUGCCCGUUUUUUAGUUCAACCCUUGUGAAUUGCGCAAUAUGUGCGAGAUUUUGAAGGGGGCAUACUUGAUGGGUGUAGCGCUCUAGCUGUCGAUUGCUCGGAGGGUUAGGGUUGGUGACAUGAAGUUGUGGGGUGAAUGCAGCUGUAGAAGGGAAGGAUUGGCAGCUUGAGGGUCUGGAAGGCGACGUGCGAAGUGUGAAUUAGAGGGAGAGAGGAGGUGGGGGAGAUUGAGAAAGCGUGGCCAUGAGGGAUGACGUUGCGUUGUCGUUCGAUGGUGCGGAUCCAUACCGAAGAGGGGGGGAAUAUGAGAGGUUGGGGUGUGAGCGGAGUGCCUGCGGGGAUGCCCAGGGGAUCCUCAUCCUUGCCUUUUCAUGUCAUUCGAUUUAGGGGACGUGAGCGCGUCUGCCCCUCCCCGAAUGAGCAGUAUGGGUUACUCUGGUGGUGGAUUCGGUGCCUUUGAAGAUGAACCUCCACUUCUUGAAGAACUUGGGAUCAGCAUCCCUCAGAUCACGGGAAGAACGCUCACUGUCCUGAACCCUUUCCAGAUCAACCCAGACCCUCAUGAGGAUGCAGAUCUAUCAGGACCUAUUAUAUUUUACAUGUUGUUUGGCCUGUGCCAGCUUAUAGGAGGUAAAGUGCACUUCGGGGUUAUUUUAGGGUGGACCACGCUCGCAUCUAUAUACCUGUACAUAGUCUUCAAUCUGUUGGCUGGGAAAAAUGGGAGCCUCGACUUCUAUCGAUGUGUUAGCUUAGUGGGAUAUUGUCAAAUUUUCAUGGUUCUGCUGUCUGCGUUCUCUAUCUUCCUCCCAAGGGGGUACUUAAAUAUGUCCUGGGGAGUUUAACAGUGUUAUGGUGCACUCGAUCAUGUACAAGUCUGCUGGACGUUCUCGUGCCUCACGCAGAGGAACACAGGUCAUUGGUGGCUUAUCCCUGUGGCCUGAUAUACAUCGCAUUUUCUUUGCUUGUGAUCUUUUAGGGCUAGCCCAACAAGCUCGACGAACAGUCCAUUUUUUUUUAGCAUGAUAACACUGCUCUCUUUCAAAGCG